AAUAAUAAUAAUAAUGAAAAUGAAAGAGAAGAAGAGGAAGAAGAAGAAGAAGAAGCCAGACGGUAUAUGUGGCGACAACGUGUACGUGCCCUUCGACAUGCGGAUUACAUGCGAUUAGAAACAUUACAUUAUUUAAAACUUCUCGCAAGUGCUAUUCCGAAAUUACGACGAAUUUGGCGUGGAGAAGAUUUCUGUGCGUGGGAAGGCGUCACGUGUACAGCCGUACGAUAUCCCAUUGAGUUAUUAGUGGAACCCCCACCCUCUCAUACACAUAUGAAUAGUAAUAGUAAUAGUAAUAAUAAUAAUAAUAAUAAUAGGAAGAAGAAGAAAAAGAAUAAUAAGAAUAAGAAAAAGACAAGUAGUGGUGGGACGCCAACAACAAUAACAAUAGAAAGUACACAAGUCAGUGAAGAUGGUAGUCAAUACCUUAUUUUUUCCACACCAUUAUCUAAACAUCAUCCAUUGUAUCUUGACAGUUUCCUUGAGGAUCCCGUCUUUACAUUAGUAGGUGUUCGUCUGCGGGGAUUACAACUUUACGGCCGACUGCCGGUCCUGCGGCCCCCCGGCGCGGCCCACACCGCCUCCCCGCUUCACAGCGCGAUCACGGCGAUUGCGUUAAUGGAGCAGCGACACCCGCGGGCCCGCAGAGAAGAGGAGAGAAGACGACGGCCCAUUACUUCUCCACGAGAGCCGCAGUAUUGGCCGUGGGAGGCGGCAGAUAUGCGUAUGCAUGCACGGAUGCAGAAUAGUACAUAUGAGAUGCUGCGGUAUACACUACGGCGGAUAUUAAGACGAUUGGAAUUACGGGGAUUGAAGAAUAAUCAUUCAGAUGUGCAGGGAUUUGUUAUGACGACACCCACCACAAUAACACCAACGGUGUUAAAUACAGAUCCAGGAAAAACAGGAAGUACAUCAUCAUCAUCAUCAUCAUCGCAGUCUACAGGGGCUAGCUCAACAACAACAGGAAGCCCAUCUAAUAAUAAUAAUAAUAAUAAUAAUAAUAACAAUAAUAAUAAUGGACCUGGUAUUACCAUGAUGUUGCAGGAAACACUAUUGCCAAGGGUAACUCAUCAAGAUAUUGCACAGACGGUAUUUGGAGAGAUUGAACCACGUUUAGUGGGCAUUCAGCGAUUGGAUAUUUCAUAUAAUCCCGGUGUGUUGGUGGUCCAAUCUGUAGACUGGUUAUUUCCAUAUAUGCAGAUGUUUAAUACGAUUGGAACAAGUUCACAACCGGCACAUUUCCGAGAACCACAUAAAGAUGGUAAAAGGGAUGAAGUGUGCUGGUAA